GAGCGUCCCGGUGCUGCCACCUACUGGUGUAUUUUGGAGCUGCAGCUGUGGCUCUUGGUGCUGCUGUGCUCUCAGUUGUCGCUGUGCAGUGGAGGCGUUUUUUUCUGUGUGCUAACAACCGCAAGAAAUGGUGAGUGAGGAAAACAGAUAGAGCUGAAAAAGUAACGGCCUGUUGACUGACCAGAUCUGUAUUCAGUUUGUCUCUCAGUUCCUCUCGGAGUGUCUGAAUGUGAGCUGACUGCAGCUGAAAGCAGUUUGUCGCAGAAACGAACAUCUAAAAGCAUGUCUUUGUUUAGCUAACCUAUUGCUAUCGUGUGUUAGCCUCGAAACGCUGGUUAACGUCAAUAGACUCGGAAACGAUUUCUUGACUUAGAGUUACUUUACCAUCAUAAGAGGCAUAUGUUGUCACGGGAGAAUCCAGAGGAAAGGGGCAGAUAAAUUAACAUUGAUCUGGAUUGGUGACAACUCAACCUAGGAAACUUUGUUUUUGAUCAAAUGGUGGGGUAGCCGUGAAGGAGCUAACUAGCUAAAGUUGCCUGUGGAUGCGUCGGCUCGGCUAGCGCUUCAAUUUGGGACAAAACUUGGGAGACAUUGACGGGUAAACGCCACAAUUUUAGCGUGUGGUUAAUUCACAUUCCAGUAUUUGUCGUAAACGUCCAUAUGCCGCUUAGUGAGCUGACAUUUCGUUUGAGGCAGCCUAAGAACUGUUAGCGUCAUUGCGAGUUAAGCUAGCUGAUCAUGACGCUGCCCCGCAGCUGCCGCACUGAGGCUCUUUAAAGUCCGGGUGGAGGGACAGCUGUGAGCUAAUAGACCAGCUUUCUUAUCCUUUUACCUGCUGGACUUGUUUAACCUAAAACCAUUGCCGGCUCCAAUAACACUGCUGACACACAGCUGAGCCCUGUCACACCGUCAUCCUUCAUGGUUACAUCCUUCUGUAUCAUGAGUCAAGUCUUUGCUCAGAAAUACGUGUCUCUUAAUAUUAACGUGUUGUUGUGGGUGUUAUACCAUUUAUGGUUUUUUUCUUUACAUAAGUUAACCCCCCCAGUAGCUGGAAAGUGACAAAACGUACUUAAGCGAUGCUGACAUGUAGUUACUGUAAGUCUUGUUUUUGCUCAAGUCCUCUUUUUUUCUGUACAGCUCAUGUUUUCUAUGAUUGGCACUUGAUACAUUCUGUGGGCAUAUGAAGAUUGCAUAGCUCACCCGGGGGAUACGUUUUUUUAGCUUAGUGCCAUCACAGCAACACUCGGCGACUCUCCCGUCAAAUGCGUACAAUGCUACUGCGCAAGUGGUGGAGUGUGUACAAUGCUAUUUCGCAAUGUUGGUUUCAGGAAAUGAAGAAAAAAUCGCAGAAAUACUGAGAGCUUUUUGGUUUCAAAUCCGUAUUGUGGCGGAAGGUGGAACCAAGUUGUCCAUAGUGUAUACAGUCUAUGGUGAAACAUCAUAAAUGAUAUAUUGAACAUAAAAUGUCCCCCAAUGAGAGCAGCCCUGUUAGACUUACCUGACUAACUUUUACUUUUCUCCUUUCACCUGAUCUCACCUAGGAUGUGUUUCUAAUGAUCAGACGUCAUAAGACGACCAUCUUUACUGAUGCCAAAGAGUCUACCACAGUCUACGAACUGAAGCGCAUUGUGGAAGGUAUUUUAAAGAGGCCACCAGAAGAUCAGAGGCUUUAUAAGGUAAUUCAGAUGGAAACAUUGCUCAGGUUUUAUCUUCUCUGUAUGUGUUACCCCAACAACUUUACAAUUUUAAGUGUAAUAACGUGACAACAAGGUUAUGGAACAUAUAGAAUAAAUACACGUUUGAGAAUUCAAGCACCAAAUUUAAAUUUGUGUUGAAGCACAUGGAAAUUAAGGGUUAGAGUGGUGGGCAUGAAGCAUGGAUUAAAGUUUACUUCAGCAAGUAGUCAGUUAUUAGUUAAAUAAUUCAGCAAGAGUUUUGGAUCCUUACACAGAUUAAGAUGAGCAAGUCAAAGGCAUCAUGACAUAUUUAUAUCAGAAUUCUAAUUUGGCAUUUUAUUUGAUGUUUUAUCCACCAAAUGAUUUACCAAAAGUAGUCAGUUUUUUAACCAAUACUGAAUAUAAUGGAAUUCAAAUCAAUAAGAGAGGCCACAUUAUAGCAUUAUUGCAUUUCAAUUUAUGUGAUUUAAUCUGGUUGAGUUGAAUGUUCACUUUAUUGAUAAACUAAACAAACAGACCUUGCUGAUUGUUUCAUCUAUGACACAUUUGUUUUAAUUGAUGUAGCAACAAAAAAAUCACAAAAUCUAUAGAGGAUCUGAUCCAUGUCUACAUCCCUUGCAGAUUGUUGAAAACAGUUGAACAAUUUUGAGUUAUUUCUAAUCGACAAUGUACAUGUAAUGGAUGAACAGCUGACCUUGCCUUAUCUUCGCAUUUACUCAUCUUAACUUAAUGUUUUUGUUUUUUUCAUAUAUCUUCAUCAGGAUGACGUGAUGCUCAAUGAUCAACAAACUCUUGGAAAUUGUGGUUUCACAAAUCAAACAGCUCGACCUCAGGCCCCAGCCACAGUGGGAUUAGCUUUCCGUUUGAGUGGUAGGUACUCCAGUCUUAAUCCAUCUGCAUAUCAGACAUUUAUCUUUUGGUUAAAAUCAACCAUGUUUGUUGAGCUUAAUUAAUUCUGAUUUUCUUCAGUGAUCUAACUUACUUUUGAUUCAUCAUCACCUGUGUCUGUUGUGGCUUUCUCUCUCUGUCUCUCUCUCCGUUGUGUCCCAGAUGAUUCAUUUGAGCAGCUGAGGAUUGAGCCCUUCUCAACUCCCCCAGAACUUCCUGACGUCAUGAAGCCCCAGGACUCAGGCAGCACAGCCAACGAACAGGCUGUUCAGUGAGGGAGGGGUCAGGGACAGCGGAGGGACACACAGGGGGUUCGAAGGGAGGAUGCACGGGGGUGGGAGGGGUUGAUUUUUUUGAGAAGUGAUGCCUCAGCGCUUGAGUUUUACCUUGUGGACAACAGACCCUCAGCUGAGCAUAAACAGUUACAAAGACAGAUUCCCCUUGUUGUAAAUUUGAGGGUGGAUGUUUCAAAGUGGCUUCAAAGUUUGUCCUGAAAUCAGUGAACGCAUGCUAGAUAAAUCGAUAAUUUCACACAAGACCCUUCAGAGAUACCUGAUGGACUUGUCACGACACUGUCAGUCAUCCAUGGGAUUGGUAAAGGCUGAACAUAAAGAAUUGUACCUCGUAUUUAAUUAAUCCUAGUCUUUUGGGGGGGGUAAGGUUAUGCUGCCUUACUUGUUUUUUUAUUUUGCUGGCUUAAAUGUGGGAGUUAAGAAGGUGUGACAUUUUUAGGCUUUUAUGUUUGUGUGUUACUUUAUUAAACUAUUGCUAGGAUUUAACAUGUUUUUGGUCUUUGGCCUGAAUAUGUGUUGCAAUGAUAGCUAGGAUUUCGUGAAUUUCUAAGUUACUAUCUGUGUUUCAAAAACUUUUGAACAAUAUGAAUCUGAUAAUAAAAGAAGAUUCAAAUGUUGGCAGAAGAUCCGGCAUUAAGAUGAGCAUUUCUUGAUAUUUUACUUAUAAGUAGUUGUAGUUUUCAUACUGUAGUCACCCACAGAUGUUUUUGAGACUGAAUGUGCUCAGUCGUGGGUAUCUACAAAACAAUGUGUGGACCUGGUGUUCAAAUAAAGUGAUCCACAGGUGUAAAUCAGCAAUCAAAAUAAAUUGAUAACAUAGAAAAUAUUUUAUUUUCAUUAUUAUUAUUAUUUUUACCUUACGGCUAAAAAAGGCAGGGACUAAGCAACCUGCCUCUCCAGUGUUGGAUUGUAGCCCAUGAUAUCUUGGAGGUGCUGAAGUGUAGUAAACCUUAAAUCAUUUUAGGUGAAAUAAGUAGUUUGUCAUGUGAUGAGUUGUUUUUGUUUGUCUGUGUGAGUGCUGGGCUACACAUUUGACUUUCCACGGUCCCUCAAUCAUUGCUCUUUUAGGUUUUCUUCAUCAAGCAGCUGUGUUGUAUUAUACACCAUGAAUACCUUAAUGCACAUUGUUUUCCUAAAACUUAUGCUUGAUCAAAAGAAAACUCUUUCCCACAUUAAAAUAUCCAAUUCUAUAACACCUGUUCUCACUGUCAGGAAAACUAUGAUUUAAACAGAAAACCCUUUUAAUAAUUACAAAGUAUAUCCUGACCUGGAGGUGUUGAGUGAGAAAGUUGACAUAAAUGCAUUAAAUAUUGAGGCUGUUAAACAGUGGGACAUGAUCAAAGUUGCACUUGUAACUGAUUUAACAUUAAAACAACUGUUUUUCACCUGUG